UCAUCACCCCAAUGUCAUCGUCUUUGGAAAAUUUUGUAACUACACAAAAUGCAGUGAAAUCAUCGUCAGUGGUCUUAAAAGAAAGUACUUCAUUAAAGACAAUGGACAAAUCAAGUAUGUCUUCCAUUUAUGAAAAAAGUUAUAGUUUGACAAAAGAUGAUUUCUUAACAACACACCAGAAAACACCAUCAAUGACCAAAUUAAUGUCAUCACCCCCAAUGUCGUCUUUAGAAAAUUUUGUAACUACACAAAAUGCAGUGAAAUCAUCGUCAGUGGUCUUAAAAGAAAGUACUUCAUUAAAGACAAUGGAAAAAUCAAGUAUGUCUUCCAUUUAUGAAGAAAGUUAUAGUUUGACAAAAGAUGAUUUCUUAACAACACACCAGAAAACACCAUCAAUGACCAAAUUAAUGUCAUCACCCCCAAUGUCGUCUUUAGAAAAUUUUUUAACUACACAAAAUGCAGUGAAAUCAUCGUCAGUGGUCUUAAAAGAAAGUACUUCAUUAAAGACAAUGGAAAAAUCAAGUAUGUCUUCCAUUUAUGAAGAAAGUUAUAGUUUGACAAAAGAUGAUUUCUUAACAACACACCAGAAAACACCAUCACUGACCAAAUUAAUGUCAUCACCACCAAUGUCGUCUUUAGAAAAUUUUGUAACUACACAAAAUGCAGUGAAAUCAUCGUCAGUGGUCUUAAAAGAAAGUACUUCAAAAGAUGAUUUCUUAAUAAUACACCAGAAAACACCAUCAAUGACCAAAUUAAUGUCAUCACUCCCAAUGUCAUCGUCUUUGGAAAAUUUUGUAACUACACAAAAUGCAGUGAAAUCAUCGUCAGUGGUCUUAAAAGAAAGUACUUCAUUAAAGACAAUGGACAAAUCAAGUAUGUCUUCCAUUUAUGAAAAAAGUUAUAGUUUGACAAAAGAUGAUUUCUUAACAACACACCAGAAAACACCAUCAAUGACCAAAUUAAUGUCAUCACCCCCAAUGUCGUCUUUAGAAAAUUUUUUAACUACACAAAAUGCAGUGAAAUCAUCGUCAGUGGUCUUAAAAGAAAGUACUUCAUUAAAGACAAUGGAAAAAUCAAGUAUGUCUUCCAUUUAUGAAGAAAGUUAUAGUUUGACAAAGAUGAUUUCUUAACAACACACCAGAAAACACCAUCAAUGACCAAAUUAAUGUCAUCACCCCAAUGUCGUCUUUAGAAAAUUUUGUAACUACACAAAAUGCAGUGAAAUCAUCGUCAGUGGUCUUAAAAGAAAGUACUUCAUUAAAGACAAUGGAAAAAUCAAGUAUGUCUUCCAUUUAUGAAGAAAGUUAUAGUUUGACAAAAGAUGAUUUAUUAACAACACACCAGAAAACACCAUCAAUGACCAAAUUAAUGUCAUCAUCCCCAAUGUCGUCUUUAGAAAAUUUUGUAACUACACAAAAUGCAGUGAAAUCAUCGUCAGUGGUCUUAAAAGAAAGUACUUCAUUAAAGACAAUGGACAAAUCAAGUAUGUCUUCCAUUUAUGAAGAAAGUUAUAGUUUGACAAAAGAUAAUUUCUUAAUAAUACACCAGAAAACACCAUCAAUGACCAAAUUAAUGUCAUCACCCCCAAUGUCGUCUUUAGUAAAUUUUGUAACUACACAAAAUGCAGUGAAAUCAUCGUCAGUGGUCUUAAAAGAAAGUACUUCAAAAGAUGAUUUCUUAAUAAUACACCAGAAAACACCAUCAAUGACCAAAUUAAUGUCAUCACCCCCAAUGUCAUCGUCUUUGGAAAAUUUUGUAACUACACAAAAUGCAGUGAAAUCAUCGUCAGUGGUCUUAAAAGAAAGUACUUCAUUAAAGACAAUGGAAAAAUCAAGUAUGUCUUCCACUUAUGAAGAAAGUUAUAGUUUGACAAAAGAUGAUUUCUUAACAACACACCAGAAAAUACCAUCAAUGACCAAAUUAAUGUCAUCACCCCCAAUGUCGUCUUUAGAAAAUUUUUUAACUACACAAAAUGCAGUGAAAUCAUCGUCAGUGGUCUUAAAAGAAAGUACUUCAUUAAAGACAAUGGAAAAAUCAAGUAUGUCUUCCAUUUAUGAAGAAAGUUAUAGUUUGACAAAAGAUGAUUUCUUAACAACACACCAGAAAACAC